GGGUUCGGGGCACCGGGAUGAAAGGAGGGAAAGCAGGUGAGAAAGCGAGGCCGACAGGUGGGGAAACCGUGAGGUGAACGUAGCCCUAGCUCGGUGUGGCAGACGCUGGAGAGAAGGCCAGGUCGCUGAAGAACCGGACGGACAGCUGAAAGAGAGAAAAGCUGGCUACCAUGGAAUCACCCGAGGAGCCUGGAGCAUCCAUGGAUGAGAACUACUUUGUGAACUACACUUUCAAAGAUCGGUCGCACUCAGGGCGUGUGGCUCAAGGCAUCAUGAAACUGUGUCUGGAGGAGGAGCUCUUUGCUGAUGUCACCAUUUCUGUAGAAGGCCGGGAGUUUCAGCUCCAUCGGUUGGUCCUCUCAGCUCAGAGCUGCUUCUUCAGGUCCAUGUUCACUUCCAACCUGAAGGAGGCCCACAAUCGGGUGAUAGUGCUGCAGGAUGUCAGUGAGUCUGUUUUCCAGCUCCUGGUUGACUAUAUCUACCAUGGGACUGUGAAACUUCGAGCUGAUGAGUUGCAGGAAAUUUAUGAGGUGUCAGACAUGUACCAGCUGACAUCUCUCUUUGAGGAAUGUUCUCGGUUUUUGGCCCGCACAGUGCAAGUGGGAAACUGUCUUCAGGUGAUGUGGCUGGCAGAUCGGCACAGUGAUCCUGAACUCUACACUGCUGCCAAGCACUGUGCCAAGACCCACUUGGCACAGCUGCAGAGCACAGAGGAAUUUCUACACUUACCCCAUCAUUUACUUACUGAUAUCAUUUCAGAUGGAGUUCCAUGUUCCCAGAAUCCAACAGAGGCAAUAGAAGCCUGGAUUAAUUUUAAUAAAGAAGAAAGAGAGGCUUUUGCAGAGUCACUCAGGACUAGCUUGAAGGAAAUUGGUGAGAAUGUGCACAUCUACCUGAUUGGGAAAGAGUCAUCCCGUACCCACUCAUUGGCUGUGUCUUUGCACUGUGCAGAAGAUGACUCCAUCAGUGUAAGUGGCCAAAACAGCUUGUGCCACCAGAUCACUGCGGCCUGCAAGCAUGGUGGAGACUUGUAUGUGGUGGGAGGGUCCAUCCCACGGCGCAUGUGGAAGUGCAACAAUGCCACCGUUGACUGGGAGUGGUGUGCACCUUUGCCUCGGGACCGGCUCCAGCAUACCCUGGUGUCUGUGCCCGGGAAAGAUGCCAUAUAUUCAUUAGGUGGCAAGACACUGCAGGAUACCCUCUCCAAUGCAGUCAUCUAUUAUCGGGUAGGUGAUAAUGUGUGGACAGAGACAACCCAGCUAGAGGUGGCUGUGUCAGGGGCUGCUGGUGCCAACCUCAAUGGAAUCAUCUACUUACUAGGGGGAGAGGAGAAUGAUCUGGACUUCUUUACCAAACCUUCCCGACUCAUCCAGUGCUUUGACACAGAGACAGACAAAUGCCAUGUGAAGCCCUAUGUGCUGCCCUUCGCCGGGCGCAUGCAUGCAGCUGUACAUAAGGAUCUGGUGUUCAUCGUGGCUGAAGGGGACUCCCUGGUGUGCUACAAUCCCAUGCUAGACAGCUUUACCCGGCUUUGCCUUCCUGAGGCCUGGAGCUCUGCCCCAUCCCUCUGGAAGAUUGCCAGCUGUAACGGAAGUAUCUAUGUCUUCCGGGACCGAUAUAAAAAGGGGGAUGCCAACACCUACAAGCUUGACCCUGCCACUUCAGCUGUAACUGUCACAAGGGGCAUUAAGGUGUUGCUUACUAAUUUGCAGUUUGUGUUGGCCUAAGGCAUGGAAGUAUGCAACUAACUACUUUGCCCUCCCCCUUUCCCUAUCCAAAUUCAAAGUCCCUUGGGCCCCGGUUCACAGUAAUAUGUUAUUUUUUGGCACAGAUUAGAAAGGCAGUGACUGUCCUUCCUCAAACCCAUAGAAGUGCUCUGUGUUUGGGGCUUUUUAGACUGCUGCUGCUCAGCUGACUGCUUGAAAUGAGAGUAGCCAGCCUGUACUCUGACAUCCCCUGGUAAUUCUGUGCCACACUACAAAUUGCAUAGAGCAAGCCUCUUCUCAGACCUUAGCCACAGCCUCCCCUCUUUACCUGAUCAAUGUUGAACAGAAGCACCCCUGAUCCCAGGGCAAAGGAAAGAUGCCCAAUCAUACUUUUUUCCUAGAGCCUGUGAAGUGGCUAGUUGAUAAUUUUUCCACAGAGAAUUAGGUGUUAGAGUCUUCCUUCAGGCUUUGGUUGGGAUAGUGGACUAAGAUGAAGGUGUACCUCACCAGCAAGACUUAACUCUAGAAUUCAGGACAUUCCUUCUAUUUUUUUCUCAUCUAUCUGUCAGGAAAUGUAAUUUUGGCUUUAUUUUUUGUUUAUUUCAAGAGGUAAGCCAGAAAGUAGAAAGGAUUGUUUCUAAUUAAUACCAGAAACUAUUCAUUGCUAGGUUAUUUUAAAAAAAGUGGAAAAAAAAUAACAAAAACGUUUUUCAAACUCAAAAAUACAAGCUCUCUUCUCUUUUAAAGGCUAGGAAUUAUUCAUACAAAUAAAAGUUUUUGGAAGGA